AUGACUUCAAAAGAACAGGCCGGUGGGCCUAGCACGCCAACCGACGAUGGCGGCUUUCCGAAACCCCAAUUUCCUGGACGCUCCGACCGACCAGGCCCGCCGAGUAUCAUCUCGUCGCGAAUGACCGACAUCGCGUCCGACGACGGCGGGGACGCUGUAGCCCAGACCUUGUCCGAAAAUCCGCGCAGAAAAUCUGGUCUGGCUUCAGAAACUGUGUCACGGCCAGGGACGGCCAAGACAGGCAUGUCUGGACCCCUCGAAGGCCGGAGACGGGGUCCGCCCCCACGAAUGAAUUACAUUACCAGUCUCAACGAGAAGAGGGGAAGCAUCGGAGGCGGUAGUACCGCUGGUUCGAUCAGCAGCAGACCGCCUAGCUCGACAAGUCGAAGUCAUGUUCCGUCUCUUACGUCUUCAGCCUUCUUUCGUCCCAUGAGUUCCCAAAAGCUGCAAGCCCAGCGUGGUGGUUCACGACCUGCGACCCGUCAGCAACCUACAUUGGAGGAUACCGAACCUACACCCGAACACAACCAGAGUGCCGCCGCAGCAGCAGCUGUAGCCAGUGGAGGACCAAAUGCUCGGCACAGCGUCAUCUCAAACCCGGUUUCGAAUCCCGUUGCGCGCCUCCAGCGGCAGCUUAGCGACGACGACAACAUGAGACCACCUCCGUCUCGCGGAACCGAAUACACCGACCAAGGAACGUACGAUCGAAUCACCGCCAACACGAGCCCGACUCAUGGUCACUAUGCUGCCGGUAGUAUGUCCGAGAGCGUCACGCCGCUGCAACGGAACCAGCGCAAUAGCCGAAACCUGAGCGUCAAUGUCGACAGGGGCUUCAGAGAACGAGGCAAUCAACCUAGCCCUAUCAAAUCGCCGCGAUCUUUCCGCUCAAGUUUCUUGCUGCCAGGCAGAAGUGACCAGAACAAGUCUAACCGGACUCUACCUGGCGGCGAAAAGCUUUCAUCGACCGCAUCCACGCCGCAGCUCAACCCCGUAGACUCUUCGAGACCCGCCGACAAGAACAACUUGAAGAAGUCCAAGACAAACCUUGGCUAUGUUUUCCAGUACUUCGAAGGCAAUACUGUCUUCUGCUUGGGAGGGCGAUUCCAGAACACCAAGCAUCGGCCAGUCAAUGUAGCCACUGGGCUGUUCAUCGUUAUUCCCGCCGUCCUAUUCUUCGUCUUCUCAGCCCCUUGGAUAUGGCAUAACAUCAGUCCUGCCAUCCCAAUCACUUUCGGAUACGUCUUCUACAUUUGCAUUUCCUCGUUCCUCCACGCAUCCCUGUCGGACCCAGGCAUUUUGCCGCGAAACCUUCAUGCCUUUCCACCGGCUGAUUCGACAGAGGAUCCUCUCCGGCUCGGGCCUCCGACCAACGACUGGACGCUGAUCAAGUCAGCAGAGUCAGCCACGGCCGCCAUGGAAGUUCCAGUAAAACAUUGUAGAACAUGUAACAUUUGGCGGCCUCCUCGGGCUCAUCACUGCCGACUGUGCGACAACUGCAUCGAGACCCACGAUCACCACUGCGUUUGGCUCAACAACUGUGUCGGAAAACGCAAUUACCGAUAUUUCUUUGCUUUCGUCUCCUCGGCAACCUUCCUCUCUCUCUACCUCCUUGGCGCCUCUCUAGGCCAAAUUCUCGUACACAUGCACCGAUCCGAUAUUUCCUUUGGUAAAUCCAUCGACGACUUCCGCGUUCCCUUCGCUAUGGUCAUCUACGGCUUUAUUGCCUUCUUAUACCCUGCUGCCCUCAUGGGCUACCACAUCUUCCUCAUGGCUCGAGGCGAAACAACGAGAGAGUACAUCAACUCUCACAAGUUCAUCAAGGCAGAGCGGUUCCGAGCCUUCACUCAGGGCAGCAUGCUCAAGAACUGGAUCGUCGUCCUCUGCCGACCGAGGCCUCCUACCUACUACCAAUUCAAGAAGAGGUAUAUUGGUGGUGAUCAACGCCUCGGUGCUCUCCGGGAUCAGAAGGUCGACAUUCAGGGUAUGGAAAUGCAGAACGUCAGACCAACGACAGGGUUUCAAGGACCCGUCUCCUUGCGCAACGAAACAAGCACUACCGCGACAUAA